AUUUUACAGAUCUUGUGCACAUUUUCAAGAAUAUACUUUAACCUGGCAUCUAUUCGAGAUGGCAAUAAUCAAGCUUCAAAGCAGUGAUGGCGAAGUAUUUCCCGUCGAAACCGUGAUCGCUAAGCAAAGCGUUACCAUCAGAACGAUGCUGGAGGAUCUCGGGAACGAGGACGAAGAGGAGGAGGAGGUUGUCCCUCUACCAAAUGUAAAUGGCGCGAUUCUGAAGCGAGUCAUUCAGUGGUGCACCUACCACAAGAAUGAUCCGCCAAUUAGCGACGAUGAUGACAUGAAGGAGAAGCGGAGUGAUGACAUCAGCUCGUGGGAUGCCGAUUUCCUGAAAGUUGAUCAAGGCACUCUUUUCGAAAUAAUCUUGGCCGCGAAUUAUCUGGACAUCAAGGGCUUGCUGGAUGUCACGUGUAAGACAGUAGCCAACAUGAUAAAGGGGAAGACGCCGGAAGAGAUCCGCAAGACUUUCAAUAUCAAGAAUGAUUUCACCCCUGGAGAAGAUGAGAAUAUGGCUAUAAUCAAGCUGCAAAGCAGUGACGGGGAAGUAUUUCCCGUAGAAACUGAAAUUGCGAAGCAGAGUGUUACCAUUAGAACGAUGUUGGAAGAUCUGGGUAACGAAGACGAGGAAGAAGAAGUCGUUCCAUUGCCGAACGUCAAUGCCGCCAUCCUGAAGAAGGUCAUUCAAUGGUGCACGUAUCAUAAAGAUGAUCCAGCUGCUCCAGACGACGAGGAAACAAAAGAAAAGCGAAGUGAUGAUAUAAGUUCGUGGGAUGCCGACUUCUUGAAAGUCGACCAAGGGACUCUUUUCGAGUUGAUUCUGGCCGCUAAUUACCUGGACAUCAAGGGACUUCUGGAUGUUACUUGUAAGUCAGUUGCGAAUAUGAUUAAAGGCAAAACGCCCGAGGAGAUCCGGAAGACGUUUAACAUCAAGAACGACUUCACGCCUGGUGAAGAAGAGCAAGUUCGCAAGGAGAAUGAGUGGUGCGAGGAGAAAUAA